AUGAAUUUUGCAAACACUGGCGCGAAUAUGUUCAUUGCACUGAUUACUAUCUCUGCUUUUGGAUACGCCAUUUUCGAUCAAUACUGGCUUGCGGGAAUCACGCCGAAAGCGGAGAACUUUGAACUUGACGAUCCUAAUGUCAAAUGGGGACAGAGCUACGGCUGCUGGCAAACAGAAGACGUAAAGUUAAAUUUAUUCCACGAAAAACGAUCAGAAUGUCUUUUUCAAUGCGCUCAUCUUGGAUUCCAUCUUACCGCUUUUCUUCGGGACAAGUGCGCCUGCAUCACCGAAGAGCAGAAAGCGCUAUUCCAGCGCGUUUCCGAUGAAGAAUGCGAGAUCAGCUGCGUCGACGAGUGGGACAUGAGUUGCGGCGGCCUCAAGGGAGAAGUGAGCAUUUACAGAACCCCGCUUGUUGACAAGAGAUGCGAAACAAUUAAGCUAGGAGAGGAAGGACAGUUUAAGAAAAUCAUGCUCGCCAGUUUUCCAGGCUCUGGAAAUACUUGGACAAGAUACGUCAUUGAACGAGCAACAGGAUAUUUCACGGGGGCAGUUGCAAACGAUUCUUCCUUGUUUGCAGGCGGCUUCGUCGGCGAGUAUGAGCAUCAAAACGCGGGAACUACGAUUCUUGUCAAGGGAAGAGCGCAUCGGAACAUCAAGGAACAGGACGGAGCGGUGCUUCUCAUCAGAAAUCCCUUCGACGCGAUUCUAGCCGAGUUCAACCGCAAUCACGGCGGCGGGCACACUGGCCACGCGGCCAAAGAGGCCUUUUACGCGAAAAACACAAAGGAAAUCUGGCCGGGCAAGGAUAAGAGGGCCUGGUACCCGCUGGUGCUUGACCAGGCGAAUCGUUGGUACAAUAUCUACUCCCGAUAUCUCACGAACACGGAGAACAUCCACGUGAUCUAUUUCGAAGAGAUGAAAGAAAAUCUCGGCCCGCCGAUGAGAAGGGUCGUCGAUUUUCUCGACGUCGAAGUCGUCGACUUCGAAUCACGUUUAAAGUGUCUCCUGAGCAACACCGAGGGAUCGUUCAAGAGAACCAAACAGCCGCUUGACUUCGACCCAUUCGCGAUUCACGAAGACGUCAUUCCGGGCAGGGCUCUAUUUUAA